AUGGCUUUCGCCGGGAUGGCUUCCAUUCCCAACUACGACAGCACGGCACAGACGUCUGGCGUUCCUAUCAGCUCGGCCCGCAGCAACCAUCACGAGGAGGAGGAUAUCGCUGCUGCCAACCAGAACACCGUCGAUACCGCCGCCACAUCAAUCACCGAGGUAGCGGGAAGUGACAAAGCCCCCAAAAAGUCCUCGGCCCCGUUCGAUAGUGACAAAAUCUCCGCCGAGGGUGAAGAUGAGGAUUCCGAGAUGGAGCGCCGCCACUCCUUGGUGCAGUCGCUUGCCCGCAAGUACUCCCACGCCUCGGCUACCGGAACCGUGAGAGGGAACCCCUUCUUCGCCGAUGAGACGUCGCCUCUGAACCCGAACUCGCCCGACUUCAAUGGCCGUGCUUGGGCCCGCGCCAUGGUCGACCUCGUCCAGCAGAACGGCGCUUCCUUCCGUACCUCUGGUGUCGCUUUCCAGAAUCUCAACGUCUUUGGCUUCGGCCAGGCCACUGACUACCAAAAGGAUGUCGGAAACAUCUGGCUUGGUGUGGCUGGUCUCGCGCGUAAGCUUACCGGUGGAGGUGGAAAGACCAGAAUCGACAUUCUUCGCAACUUUGACGGUCUUGUUCGCAAGGGCGAGAUGUUGGUUGUCCUGGGUCCUCCUGGUUCUGGUUGCUCGACUUUCUUGAAGACUAUCGCGGGUGAGACUAACGGUCUCUACACUGACGAUAGUUCCUACUUCAACUACCAAGGUAAGUGGCGUCAAAGUCCGAGAUCAGGCUUGCAGGGGUUCACCGUGGCUGGCGUCGAGCUUACUCCCUCGCCGCAAGACACUGCAACCGCCACCUGGUGUAACAUCGAGAUGCACACCCAGCACCGUGGUGAGGCCAUCUACACGGCCGAGGUGGACGUCCACUUUCCUCAACUGUCUGUUGGUGACACUUUGACAUUCGCCGCCCGCGCUCGCCAACCCCGCCAGCUUCCCGAGGGUAUUAGCAGCAACGACUUCGCUCAGCACCUGAGAGACGUCGUUAUGGCCAUGUUCGGUAUCUCGCAUACCGUGAACACUCGCGUCGGUAACGAGUAUAUCCGCGGUGUUUCGGGUGGUGAACGCAAACGUGUCACCAUCGCCGAGGCAGCCCUCUCUGGAGCUCCUCUGCAAUGCUGGGACAACAGUACCCGUGGUCUGGAUUCUGCCAACGCCAUCGAAUUCUGCAAGACCCUCCGUCUGCAAACCGAACUUUUCGACAGCACAGCUUGCGUGUCCAUCUACCAGGCUCCCCAGAGUGCCUACGACCUCUUCGACAAGGUUGCGGUCCUGUAUGAGGGUCGCCAGAUCUUCUUCGGCAAGGCCACCGAUGCCCGGCAAUACUUCAUUGACCUUGGAUACGAUUGCCCUGCUCGUGCCACCACCCCCGAUUUCCUGACUUCCAUGACGAGUCCUCAGGAGCGUCACGUUCGCCCCGGCUGGGAGAACAAGGCGCCCCGUACCCCUGACGAGUUUGCUACCGCCUGGAAGAACAGCGCCAACUACACCGCCCUGCAAGCUGAGAUUGAAGAGUACAAGCAGACUCACCCUCUCAACGGCCCCGAUGCCGAGGCUUUCCGUGCCUCGAAGAAGGCCCAGCAGGCCAAGGGUCAGCGUGCCAAGUCUCCCUUCACUUUGUCUUAUGCCCAGCAGAUCAAGCUUUGCCUCUGGCGUGGAUGGAGACGUCUGAUCGGUGAUCCCAGCAUCACUGUCGGUUCUCUCAUCGGAAACGUCGUCAUGGGUCUCAUUAUUGGAAGUGUCUUCUACAACUUGCAGCAGGACACCCAGAGUUUCUUCCAGCGCGGUGCCCUCCUCUUCUUCGCCCUGCUCAUGAACGCCUUCUCCAGUGCCCUCGAGAUUCUGACCCUCUACGCUCAACGACCGAUUGUCGAGAAGCACUCCCGUUAUGCCCUGUAUCACCCGUCUGCCGAAGCCGUUGCGUCCAUGCUGUGCGACAUGCCGUAUAAGGUCAUGAAUACAAUCGUCUUCAACCUGGUUCUAUACUUCAUGACGAAUCUGCGACGCGAGCCCGGAGCAUUCUUCUUCUUCCUUCUGAUGUCCUUCUUCACGGUCUUGACCAUGUCAAUGAUUUUCCGAACCAUUGCUUCGUCGUCUCGAACCCUGUCGCAAGCCAUGGUGCCCGCCGCCAUUCUCAUCCUGGAUCUCGUCAUCUUUACUGGCUUCGUCAUUCCCAUCGACUACAUGUUGGAUUGGUGCCGAUGGCUCAACUACCUCGAUCCUCUGGCAUACUCUUUCGAGUCCCUCAUCGUCAACGAAUUCCACGGUCGCAACUUCGCCUGCUCGGAAAGCCAAUUCGUCCCCAGGUCUGACGUUCCCGGCUACGCUAAUCUCCCAUCCGCCCAGCGUGUGUGCAGUGCCGUCGGUUCCGUUGCUGGUCUUGACUAUGUCAGCGGCGACGACUACGUUGGUUCUGGAUUCCGCUACUCGUAUGCCAACCGCUGGCGCAACUUUGGUAUCCUCAUCGCCUUCAUGCUUUUCUUCCUGAUGACCUACAUGGUUACGGCAGAGUUAGUCUCGGAGAAGAAGUCCAAGGGAGAAGUCCUUGUGUUCCGUCGUGGACACAAGCCCGCUGCCCUCAACGAGAAGCACACUGAUGACCCCGAGGACAUCCGCGUCGGACCCGUUACCACCGCUGACCGUGCCCGCAUCAACGAGAAGAACGAUGGUCUCAUUGAGGAACAAAAGUCCACCUUCCACUGGAACGACGUCUGCUACGAGGUCCAAAUCAAGAACGAGACGAGACGCAUUCUGGAUCACGUCGAUGGCUGGGUGAAGCCUGGUACUUUGACUGCCCUCAUGGGUGUGUCAGGUGCUGGCAAGACCACGCUUCUGGACUGCUUGGCUGACCGUACCUCUAUGGGUGUCAUCACUGGUGAAAUGCUGGUUGACGGUUACCAUCGCGAUGCUUCUUUCCAGCGCAAGACCGGUUACGUCCAACAGCAAGAUUUGCACCUGCAGACCACUACUGUCCGCGAGGCUCUCAACUUCUCUGCCCUCCUUCGUCAGCCCGAACACGUCCCGAGACAAGAGAAGCUCGACUACGUUGAGGAGGUGAUUAAGCUUUUGGAUAUGGAAGAGUACGCCGACGCCGUGGUCGGUGUUCCUGGAGAAGGUCUCAACGUUGAGCAACGUAAGCGUCUGACUAUCGGUGUCGAGCUGGUUGCGAAGCCUCCUUUGUUGCUCUUCGUUGAUGAGCCCACUUCCGGUCUUGACUCCCAGACUUCCUGGGCUAUUCUCGACCUUUUGGAGAAGUUGACCAAGAGUGGCCAGGCUAUUCUCUGCACCAUUCAUCAGCCUUCUGCUAUGCUUUUCCAACGUUUCGAUCGUCUUCUUUUCCUCGCCAAGGGUGGCCGCACUGUCUACUUCGGCGACAUUGGCGAGAACUCCAAGGUCAUGACUUCCUACUUUGAGCGUAUGAGCGGUAUGACUUGCCCUCAUGACGCCAACCCGGCCGAGUGGAUGUUGGAGGUGAUCGGUGCUGCUCCCGGAUCCCACACCGACGUCGACUGGCACCAGGCCUGGCGCAAGUCUGAGGAAUUCCAAGGUGUCCAGGCCGAACUGCAGAGACUCAAGGACGAGCGCGGUGUUCAGACCCCUGCCACCCACGACAAGGGCAGCUAUCGCGAAUUUGCUGCCCCUUUCUUCGCCCAGCUCAAGGAGGUUACCCACCGUGUCUUCCAACAGUACUGGAGAACCCCCUCGUACAUCUACGCCAAGGCUGCGCUUUGCACCCUGGUCGCUGCAUUCAUCGGUUUCGUUUUCUUCAAGGCUCCCAACACCCAGCAGGGUCUCCAGAACCAGAUGUUUGCCAUCUUCAAUUUGCUCACCGUCUUCGGCCAACUCGUCCAGCAGACCAUGCCUCACUUUGUCAUUCAACGGUCCUUGUACGAAGUGCGAGAGCGACCAUCCAAGGUCUAUGGGUGGAAGGUCUUCAUGCUCAGCCAGAUUAUCGUCGAACUUCCCUGGAACACCCUCAUGGCUGCCAUCAUGUACUUCUGUUGGUACUACCCCGUCGGCCUGUACCAGAACGCCAUUCCCGCCGAUCAGGUUACUGAGCGUGGUGCGCUAAUGUUCUUGUACCUGCUCGUCUUCCUGCUGUUCACAUCGACCUUUACCGACUUCAUUAUCGCUGGAUUCGAGACCGCUGAGGCUGGUGGCAACAUUGCCAACUUGCUCUUUAUGCUUUGUCUCAUCUUCUGCGGUGUGCUCGCCAAUCCCGACUCCAUCCCUCGCUUCUGGAUCUUCAUGUAUCGUGUAUCGCCAUUCACGUACAUUGUUUCAGGCAUGUUAUCCACGGCUGUAGCCAACACAGAGGUUGUCUGUGCUGCCAACGAGUUCCUCCACUUUGACCCUCCCUCAGGGCAAAGCUGUGGAGCCUUCCUCGAGAACUACAUCGCGGCUGCUGGCGGAUACCUUCGCGAGCCCAACGCCACCACCGACUGCCAGUUCUGCACCAUCCAAGACACCAACGUCUUCCUGGCGAGCGUCAAGAGCGACUACAACGACCGCUGGAGGAACUUUGGCAUUGCCUGGGUCUACAUCAUCUUCAACAUCUUUGCCGCCCUGGGCUUGUACUGGUUGGCGAGAGUACCGAAGAAGGGUGGCCUAUUUGGCAAGAAGAAGACUGAUGAGCUGUUUAGAGAGGCGAGCUUGGGUGCAAACCUGGAGGACGUGUUGAGAGUCUCUGUCAUUACAGAUCGAUGCAUCUGUGUGGCAUUUGUUCAUCCUCUCUGGCGGACUGGUUAA